CGCAGAAAACUUCGCGUCUCUUUCUCUCUUUCUCGUGCAAGAAAUAAUGUUAAUGUCUGCGGACGGAGCAGCUCCGUGAAGGCGCUCCGGGAGGAAGCAGGAAGACAUGGCAGCCUCUGAACUUUACUCCAAGCAUGCCCGUGUAUGGCUCCCAGAUGCAGAAGAAGUGUGGAAGUCAGCGGAGCUCGUCAGAGACUACAGUCCUGGCGACCCGACGUUGUCUCUGCAGCUGGAGGAUGGCACGAAAGUGGAGCACAAAAUAGAUCCUAAAACCAAGGAGCUGCUGCCAUUAAGAAACCCCAAUAUCCUGGUGGGGGAGAACGACCUCACCGCUCUCAGCUACCUCCAUGAGCCAGCAGUGCUGCACAACCUUAAAGUGCGCUUUAUCGACUCCAAGCUGAUUUACACCUACUGUGGAAUUGUUUUGGUUGCCAUCAAUCCUUAUGAGAGCCUGCCCAUCUAUGAAGCGGACAUCAUUCACGCCUACAGUGGCCAGAACAUGGGGGACAUGGACCCCCAUAUCUUCGCAGUUGCGGAGGAGGCGUACAAGCAGAUGGCCAGGAAGGAGAGGAAUCAGUCCAUCAUCGUGAGCGGGGAGUCUGGUGCCGGAAAGACGGUCUCUGCUAAGUACGCUAUGCGUUACUUCGCCACGGUCAGCUGCUCCUCGGGCGAGGCCAACGUCGAGGAGCGAGUUCUUGCCUCCAAUCCCAUCAUGGAGGCUCUCGGAAAUGCAAAGACCACAAGAAAUGACAACAGCAGUCGCUUUGGGAAAUACAUCGAGAUUGGAUUUGAUAAGAAGCACAGCAUAAUUGGGGCUAACAUGAGAACCUACUUACUGGAAAAGUCUAGAGUUGUAUUUCAGGCUCAAAAUGAAAGGAACUAUCAUAUAUUCUACCAACUGUGUGCCUCUUCACAUUUACCAGAGUUUAAAGCCUUCAAGUUGGGUUGUGCAGAAGACUUCCACUGCACCAACCAGGGCCAGAGCCCAGUCAUCGACGGAGUGGACGAUGCCAAAGAGAUGUGCAACACCAGGAAGGCUUUCUCUUUAUUGGGAGUUGGAGACAGUGAUCAAAUGGAAAUUUACCAGAUUCUUUCAGCAAUUCUCCACCUUAGCAACGUGGAGGUGAAAGAACAGUCGGCGGACAGAUGCAGCAUCUCGCCAGAUAAUGUUCACCUGGUGGUUUUCUGUGAGCUCCUGGGGGUGCCUUGUGAGGAAAUGGCGCACUGGUUGUGUCACAAAAAACUCAAGACCACCACGGAAACCUACGUCAAGCCCGUGUCCAAAACGAACGCGCUGAACGGCCGCGACGCCCUCGCCAAACACAUUUACGCCAGACUCUUCAGCUGGGUCGUGAACAGCAUCAAUGCUGCCUUGAAAUCUGCGGGGAAACAACGCUCAUUCAUCGGUGUGCUCGACAUCUAUGGGUUUGAAACAUUCGAUAUCAACAGCUUUGAACAGUUCUGCAUCAAUUAUGCGAAUGAGAAGCUCCAGCAGCAGUUCAACAUGCAUGUCUUCAAACUGGAGCAAGAGGAGUACAUGAAGGAAGAGAUCCCCUGGACGCUCAUUGACUUCUACGACAACCAGCCGUGCAUCGACCUCAUCGAGGCCAGGCUCGGAGUCCUGGACCUCCUGGACGAGGAGUGCAAGAUGCCCAAAGGCUCUGAUGACACAUGGGCACAGAAGCUGUACAACACCCUGCUGAGGCAGAACGCUCACUUUGAUAAACCCAGGCUGUCCAAUAGAGCUUUCAUCAUCCACCACUUUGCAGACAAGGUGGAGUACCAGUGUGUGGGCUUCCUGGAGAAAAAUAAGGACACAGUCAAUGAGGAGCAGAUAAACGUGCUGAAAAAGACCAAGUUUAAUUUGCUGCUCAAGCUGUUUGAGGAUGGAGAGAAGGCGUCCGGUUCCCCCAGCAAGAAAAGUGGCGUCAGUGGAAGAGCGGGGCCGACUCAGAAGGACAACAGGAAGACUGUUGGACUGCAGUUUCGACAGUCUCUGCAUUUGCUGAUGGACACACUGAACGCUACGACCCCUCACUAUGUACGCUGCAUCAAACCCAAUGAUCAUAAAGCUCCAUUCACCCUGGAUCCUGUGAGAGCGGUGCAGCAGCUUCGAGCUUGCGGUAUCCUCGAAACAAUCCGGAUCUCAGCGGCAGGUUUCCCAUCCAGGUGGACCUAUCAGGAGUUUUUUAAUCGCUACCGGGUCCUCAUGAAGCAGAAAGAUGCUCUUCCUGAUAGAAAACAGACCUGCAAGAAUCUUCUGGAAAAACUCAUCCAGGAUGAAGAGAAGUACCAGUUUGGCAAAAACAAGAUCUUCUUCAGGGCCGGCCAGGUGGCCUAUCUGGAGAAGCUGCGGUCCGACAAGCUGCGUUUGGCGUGCGUCCGCAUUCAGAAAACCAUCCGCUGCUGGCUGGCCCGCAAGAAGUAUCUGAGGAUGAGAGAGUCGGCCGUCACCAUUCAGAAACAUGUGCGGGGCCACCAGGCUCGCCGUUAUGUCAAGUUCCUGCGGCAGACCAGCGCAGCCGUUAUUAUCCAGCGAAACGUGCGAAUGUGGGCCCAAAGGAGACGAUACCAGCGGCAGCGCUCUGCUGCCGUCGCUAUUCAGUCCCUCUGGAGGACCUACACGGCCAGAAAGAAGUACCAGAAGAUGAUGUUUGAGCAGAGGACGGUGGUCCUUCAGAAGUGGGCGAGAGGCUGGCUGGCCCGGCGGCGCUACCGACGCGCCCUGGCAGCCGUGGUCUUGCUGCAGAGCUGUGUGCGUCGCAUGAGGGCCAGGAAGGAGCUGAAGAAGCUGAAAGUGGAGGCGCGCUCGGUGGAGCACUUCAAGAAGCUCAACGUCGGCAUGGAGAACAAGAUCCUGCAGCUGCAGCACAAGAUCAAUGAGCAGCACAAAGAAAACAGAGAGCUCAGUGAGAGAAUGAGCGCUGUGACGAAGACUCUGGCUGCAGACAGAGACAAACAGUGCAGCGAGAUAGAACAGCUUCGGAAACUGGAGCAAGAGGCCAGAACCAAAGCAGCCAGGCUCCCCUCGCUACUGGAGCAGCUCACCUUCCUCCAGCACGAGCUGGAAGUAACCCGCAAGGAGAAAGACGACCUGGAAGAGCAGAGCAACAUCUACAGGGAGCAGACGCAGAAGGUGGUAGAUGAGCUUAAUAUGAAGAAUAACGUGCUGAAGAGCAACAUAGACGAGCUGAACAAGCACAUCCUGGAACAAGACCAGCAGCUGACAGACAUCAAGACCAACAAUGAGAACACCAAGCAGCUGGAGACGGACUUGGCCGAGGAACGAUCCCGCUACCAAAGUCUGCUGAGUGAACAUCUGCAUCUGGAGGAGAGACACAAAGACCUGAAGGAGGAAAUGGAUUUCAGUCCUAGUUCACGCAAAUCCAGUCACAAGAGGACGGACUCCAACUACAGCAGCAACUCGUCUGAGUUCAGUCAGAGUCUGGGCUCCACGGGCGACGAGGACGGCUCGCCUCCGCCAGAGGAUGAAGCCGAGGCUGCUGUGGACCUGCCGAUCCUUCUGAAGCUCCAGAGGAGAGUGAAGGAGCUGGAGCAGGACAAACAGGCACUAAUGGAGCAGCUGGAUAAAAAGGAGGAGGCGCAGCAAGAAAAGGCUAAAGAGGCGGAAAAGCAGAACUCUGUUGGUAGAGUGGAGCUGGACCUGGAAACACUGAAGCGACAAGAACUUGAGAACGAGAACAAGAAGCUGAAGCAGGAUCUGAAUAUGCUGCGGAAGUCUCUGACCAGCGAGCACGGCGACGCGGCGCCCCCUGCGCCCGGCUCCCAGCCCUACAACAUUCUGCUGGACCAGCUCAGCUCGUCCAACGAGGAGCUGGAGAUGCGGAAAGAGGAGGUGCUGCUCCUCCGCUCACACAUGGUCCGGCAGGAGGCUCUGAAACACAAGGACUCUGCUCUUGGAGAAGUCGUGAGUUUAGAUCUCAGUGAAAUUCCCUCAUAUCAAGAUAUUGACAGAUCCAAAGACAUUCACACUCUGAAUGAAGACGGAGAGCUCUGGCUGGCUUAUGAAGGCUUGAAAGAGACCAACAGAAUUCUGGAGUGCCAGAUGCGGGAGCAGGGACACGUUCACAGUGAGAAGCUGAAGAAGCUUUCUGAGGAGGUGAGCAGGUUAAAGAAUGAGAAGGAGCAGCAGCAGAAGCUCUUUGCUCAGAACCUCCUCCUGCCUGAAGAUGCCCGGAUUGAGGCGAGUCUGAAGCUUGAGAUCACACGACUCACCAAGGAGAACCUGGAACUCCUGGAGGACGGGGAAAGACAAGACAAAGCCAUCCGGAAACUGAAAAAACAGCUGAAAUUUUACCAGAAAAAGGUUGAAGAUUAUGAAGCGAGCCUUCAGCAGAGAUACACAGCCUCCAUGAUGAACGCGCCGGUCAGAACAGUCCAUAUCACCCGGAAGGAGAAGGAGUAUCAAGGCAUGUUGAAGUACAAACAGGGCGAGGAGCAGCGUCUGCUGAAGAACCUGGUCACAGAUCUGAAGCCUCGCGGUGUCGCCGUCAGCUUCACUCCAGGACUCCCAGCCUACAUCAUCUUCAUGUGCCUGCGAUACGCAGACAACGUCAACAACGAUCAGAGAGUCAGCGAUCUGCUUAAUUCAACCAUCAGCAGCAUCAAAGGAGUCAUUAAGAGGAAAGGAAAUGACUUUGAAGUGGUGUCUUUCUGGCUGGCCAACACCUGCCGGCUGAUGCACUGUCUGAAGCAGUACAGCGGAGACGAGGUCUACGCGAAACACAACACGGCCAAGCAGAACGAGCAGUGCCUGAGCAAUUUUGAACUGUCGGAGUAUCAGCAGGUGUUUGGUGACUUAUCAAUCCAGAUUUACCGUCAGCUGAUCAAAUGCAUGGAGGACAUUCUGCAGCCCAUCAUCGUGGCAAGCAUGCUGGAGCACAACGCCGAGCAGGGUGUGCUGGGCGCCAAGCCGACGGGCAUGAGGAAGAAGAGCAGCUUGUCGGAGGAGGGCGUGGCCACGGUGGAGGUCCUCCUGCAGCGCCUCAGCCUCUUCCACAGCACCAUGGGCCAGCACGGCAUGGACCCGGAGCUCAUCAAGCAGGUGGUGCGCCAGCAGUUCUACAUCAUCUGCGCAGUCACGCUCAACAACCUGCUGCUGAGGAAGGACAUGUGCUCCUGGGGCAAAGGCCUGCAGAUCAGGUUCAAUGUUUGGCAGUUGAACGAGUGGCUGGUGGAGCGGGAACUGACGGACUGCGGCGCCAAGGACACCCUGGAGCCGCUGCUGCAGGCCGCGCAGCUCCUGCAGAUCAGGAAGAGCACGGAGGCGGACGCUCAGGCGAUCUGCAGCAUAUGCAGCGCCCUCACCGCAGAGCAGAUUGUUAAACUGUUGACGCUGUACACCCCGGUGAAUGAGUUCGAAGAGCGGGUGGACAUUAACUUCAUCACGACUAUUAAAAGCCUUUUGAAAGACAGGGUUGAAUCCUCCACUUUAAUGAUGGACACCAAGAAGAUCUUCUCGGUCACCCUGCAGUUCUCGCCGUCCUGCGUGGCUCUGGAGACCAUUCAGAUCCCCGCCAGCCUCAACCUGGGCUUCCUCAGUCGGAUCUGAACGGACGGCAUCUGAAACCUGCACCGCUGGUGUUUCUGUUGUCGUGAACAUGUUUGAAAGAUUUAUCCAAACCAAAGUUUGUACCUGUGAAAGUAUUUUUAUCUUUGACAGCAAGAAUCCAAAACACAAUAUCAGCCUGUUUACAUGUUUGUAGUGCUUAAAAGCCAAAGAGAAAGAGAAUAAGCUCUUUUAAGAAGCCACGUCUUUUCACAGGGUCAUAUCGCACACUGACUCGUUCUCAUGUCCACAGGUCAGACUGGGUUUUAAUAUUGACUCUGGAAAUGUGUGUUUUCAUGUGUUGGUUCCACCAGUGUUUUUUGUUUUUUUUUUCUAUGAACUGGACUGUUUUCAUUGAGAUAUCCCAAAAAAAAGAGUAUUCGUGAGCAAUUUUGAACUGCUGUUUGUCUCACUUAAAUGUAAACUUGCCUCGGCACGAAUUUCAAAUGCACUGCUUUGUUUCUUUAACUUAACAUUUCUAUAACUAUUGAGAUCCGUUCAUCAGUAUUUAUGCUCGUGCAAGGUGAAAUAACGGAGAAGAAUUCUAGAAUAUAUGUAUUUAACAAGUCUUAUCAUGCUGU